UGCUGGGAAAGACAAAGUAAAAGAUCUUCAGGCAUUUCUGACCAGGAUUAGGGCAUGUUGGCUUCCUCCUCAGGCUGGAAGUGACGAUGCUUUGCCACCUCAUCCCACCCAGCACCAGCCCCCGUGUGUGAGGUACAGAGCUGGGGCACUGGGGGGAUUUCUGACACUCCUGUAAAGGGGAAGGAUGGCACCUUCUCCUUUGCAGAAAAGCCCAGUCAGCAACAUUUGAGUCAAAGGAGCCCCAAAUAGAUGGGAGCAAACCCUAUAUAAAGCAAGCCCAGCUGGCUGCAGGGCAUUGCAAGGCAGCAGCAGCUUUCCCAAGGUAAUCCAUAGAGAGGGGGAGAAUCUCUGUUCCCAGAUGAGGAGAGAAAGAAAGAAGGGUAGCAGGGAAUGGUUUGGUUUUGGUAUAACAGGGAAUGGUUUGGUUUCCUCUCCCAGGGCUGUCAGAAGGAUGAAUUGUCUCCUGGGCCUCUCUGUGCUGUUUGCUUGGUGCUUGUCCCCAGCCCACGGGAGCCUCUUGCAGCUGCACAACAUGAUCACGGAGGCAACAGGGAAAAACGCUUUGCUGCACUAUGCCUUCUAUGGCUGCUACUGCGGCCUGGGGGGCAAGGGGCAGCCCAAGGACGCCUCAGACAGGUGCUGCCAGCUACACGAUACCUGCUACCUCGGCCUCCUGAGCCAUGACUGUGACGCCAAGAAGCAGAGCUACCACUACAAGGGGCACCACGGCAGCCCCUCCUGCAGAAAGGACUCCUGGUGUGCUCAGCUCUCCUGUGAGUGUGACCGCAGCCUGGCACUGUGCCUGAAGAGAAACGUCAGGAGCUACAGGAAACGCUACCAGUUCUAUCCCAAUUACCUGUGCAGGUGAUAGGAGUCGAAAUUUGGAGCUCCCUGCAUUCCUGCCCGUAUUGCUGUAAAUUUAAGUAACGUGAAAAUAAACAACGUGCUUAAACCACCCUGUCCUCUGAGAGCUGCUGCUGGGCAGGGAGAGAAAUCCCUGUAAAUAAUCAACAUCUUCCCAAAACUUUCCAAGAACUCGGUCCCUGCGUCACUCUGGGUUGCAGCCCACGGGGCGAGGGGGGUUGGCCGGCGAGGGAAGGGGCGUAGCACUUGGUGUUUUUCGGACAGAGUCAUUUCGGCGCUUUCAGUUCAGAGCCCGCAGGCCAGAUACGGAGGGCAGGCUUUCCUCGGGAGGACGGACUGACAGCGAGGGAGAUCCCCCGGCCCAGGUGAGAGGAAAAUGAAGGUCCUGCUGGUGCUGACAAUGCUGUUUGCCUGCAGUGUGUUCACAGCUCAUGGGAAGCACCCACGUACCUUCAUACCGGGACUCGAGGGAAGCACUGUAGGAAAUCUGACUGCCCACGGAUGCUACUCGGGAUGGGGCACCUCAAGGGCUUCAUUGGACCGGUGCUGCCGGCUCCGUGCCUGUUGCUAUGCCAAGCUGGCGGCUCGGCGGUGCCCCGUGGGACCCUUCCAGCCCCUCUCAGCACCCCAGGCAGGAAUCUCCACCUGCAGGUCGGGGACGUGGUGCCAGAGAAGUGCCUGCAGGUGCGAGCGGGCGGCCCUGCUGUGCCGGAUGCGCGGCCAGAGGCUGCUCCGGCGCCGCAUCAAGUGCCGGGGACGAGCGGGGAGGUGUUGAAGCAAAAAAUUCCCUUUGCAAAACCACCUCCGGGCUGAUCCACGAAGGGACGGGGCCGGCAGCGCUUCCCAGCCCUGGCGAGUCUCCUCCUCGGGGCUUUUUGGCUUUGGCACGAGGACAACAACCCUCCGGUGAAGUUGCGUCAGUGUCCACUGGAUCUGAGGAGGGGGAGCAGCGCUGACGCGAUGUUUCAGCACAGCAAAAAAAGGGAGGAGUGGACACCUGCCCCUCGUCCCUGUGAGGGGCACAGAGAACCAGCGGGAGUGUCUCCCCUUGGCUCCGGCUCCCCCACAGCCUGUCUGCUCUCUCCGCUUCUUGCUUCACCUUCUGUUGCUCCAAAUAAAAACAGAGAGCCCAAGGCAGCA